AAGAAGGGCUAACAAUAUGUUGCUGAAAUUCCUAAUAUGUAGCACUUUAAUGUGCUUUGCUGUGGCUGAUGUUAAGGAUUUGUCUAGAAUGUAUUUACCUCCCUCUCAGGAGGUUGCUGAUGUUAAGGAUGUAAACCGCUUGUAUUUACCCCCUACACCAGAGGUGUCUAUAGAAAAAUCAGACGUAGUUUCGGAAACUGUACCAGAAGUUGAAGAUUUAUCUAAGAAUGAAAUUACCAAUAAUGACAUUCAGUUGGAUAGCUUAGAACCUUUUACCAAGGAUGCUGUUAAUGAUCCAGCUUAUGGCAAUAGUCCUUUUGGUUUUAAUGGUUUACCAGGUGGUUUUCCAGGAGGCUUCCCAGGUCAAGGUUUUCCUGGACCUGCUUUUCCCCCACAAGGUUUCCCAGGACAAGGUUUUCCCGGUCAAGGUUUCCCACCACAACAAGGUUUUCCUGGACAAGGUUUUCCCGGACAAGGUUUUCCUGGACCAUCUCAAAAUUUUGUUAACCCUGGUUUCCGCCCACAAGGUUUUCCCGGUCAGGGCUUCCCUGGACAAGGUUUCCCUGGUCAAGGUUUCCCCGGACAAGGCUUUCCCGGUCAAGGUUUUCCUGGACAAGGCUUUCCCGGUCAAGGAUUCCCCGUUCAAAGAUUUCCACCUCCCCAAGCUUUCCCAUCUGGACAAGGUUUUGUAAACCCCGGUUUUGGCGGUCAAAGUUACCCCAAUUAUCCUGUCUAUUCGGAACAACUGAAAAAUAAGGAGAACGGUGAAGGUGAAGAUAAAGAAGACGAAAAAUUACGCAUACUUGUAGUCAAUAGCGACACUCAGUAUGAUGCUGAUAACGGCGGUUACUUGUACAAAAAACCCAGUGUAAAAUUUUAACUAGUGUCUCACGGAAUAAAUACAGCGCUUUGGAAUUAAUUUA